UUUCCCCUUGUUCUCUCUGGACAAAAAUCUCUCGAAGGAUUGCACUUGGAUGAUAGGCCGGACAUGGGGGAUCAGCCCGUGAAGGAGGAGAGCGAGCUCACCAGCUCAGGGGCUCACUUCAAUGCAGCUCACCAGCACGUCAAGCUGACGCCUCCAGGUCUGCUCUCCAAGGAGCCCUCAGCGCUCAGGACACUAAAGGUCGUCUCAGUGAUGUUCAUCUGUCUGAUCCUGGCUCUGGUGGCUGCUGUGGUGUAUGUCCAAAUAGUCAAGCCCGGUUCUAAGAAUAUCAGCGCCCAGAAUUCCGAACCCCAGAUGCUGACAAACUACCUGGAGAACGCCUCGGGUUCCCCGGGCGCCGGAGGCGGUCCGGGCAACGCCAGUGCUGAGAUCCGGCUGCUGAAGGAGGGCCUGAGGGAGGCCCGCGCGCAGGCCCGGCUGGCCGGGGACCGCGCCAGCGCCCAGAUCCAGACGCUCAGAGAAGAGCUGGCGAAGCUGAGCUCCUUGGAGUCCCAGGCCCGGAGGCUGGGCGGCCGCCUGGGAAACGCCAGCGCCGAGAUCCAGGCCAUGAAAGGGAGCCUGCAGAGCGUGGAUUCCUUAGCGGCGCAGGCCGGGGCGCUGAGGCGGGACCUGGACCAGGCCGGCGGAGAGAUAAAGGCGCUCCAGGGAGAGCUGCGCAACGCCAGCGCUCUCCACUCCCUGGCCCGGGAGCUCCAGAGGCGCCUGGAACUCGCCGACGCCGACAUCCAGAGGCUGGCGGCUAACGUGGGGGGCAACGGCACCCUGGGCUCCCAGGUCCAAGGGCUCCAGGGCCGGCUGCAGAGGACCGACGCCGAGCUGCAAACCCUGAAAAAAGCUUUGCCGGAGGCUGCGGCUCUGCAGGCCCGGGCCCGGCUGCUGGGGAGCAGCUUGGAGAGCACCAGGGCCGAGGUCCGGGGGCUGAGCGGGCAGCUGGAAAAGACCGAGGCAGAGCUCGCGCUGCUCAAAGCGGGGCUGGGAGGGGCCGCCCGCCAAGCGGAGGCGGCCGCCGGGGGCCUGCGGAACAACAGCGCUCAGAUCCAGAUGCUCCAAGGCGAGCUGGGCUCUGCCCGCGCCGUGGGGGCCGAGGUCCGGCUGCUGAAGAGUCAGCUGGCCAGGGCCGAGGCCGAGCUGCAGACGCUGAAGGAGGGCCUGAAGGAGAGCAGCGCCGCGGCCUCCCAGGCCCGGACGUUGGCCGAAGGGCUGGCCCGGGCCGCGCGCGAGAUCCAGGGCCUGAAGGCGGCCUUAGGGACGGUGAGCCAGAUCCCGGCGCUGAGGACUGGCCUGGACGGGGCCAGGGGGGAGAUACGGACGUUGAGGGAGAGGCUGGCCGCUCUCCCGGCUCCGGACGCGGAAAUCCAGAAGUUAAAGAGCCAGCUGGAGGCGGUGACCCGGCAGCAGCAAGCGGUGCAAGCCAGCCUUCUGCAGCUCGUCAUCCAAGGCUGGCGCUUCCACCAGGGGAAAGCCUAUUACUUCUCAAGCGCCAGAAAGACCUGGAGCGAAGCCGAGGAGUUCUGCGUGGCCCAAGACUCCCACCUGGCCUCGGUGACCUCCGAAGAAGAGCAGGCGUUUCUGGGAAAGGCAACGAAUGGAGUUUAUCACUGGAUAGGCCUGACAGACAAAGGGACUGAAGGCAACUGGCGCUGGGUGGAUGGGACUCCUUUUAACAGCGUCAAGAGCAAAAGGUUUUGGAACAAGAAUCAACCAGACAACUGGAACUAUGGUAAUGGGGUACAAGAAGACUGUGUCCACUCCACGGAGAAGUGGAAUGACAUAAUAUGUGAAAAACCCUUCCCCUGGAUCUGCAAGAAGAACCUACCAAAUCUCUUGCCCCACUAGAGGAACAGAGGAGGAAUCAAGAGUUUUGACUUCUUCUUAAAAACCUAAGAGCCAUCUAAAUUCUAGGGAUGUUGACCCUGGAGUCAUUAGGAUCUGAAUUUGAAUCUUGCCUCAGACAUUGGCUACAAUCCUGUUUGACACAUUUCACUUUUCUGUGCCUCAGUUUCUCCUCCUGUAAAAUGAGGGAGUGAGGCUUGACUUCUCUCCAACUCUUGUCCAUGAUCUCAGAUUAAAUCAAACCCUCCCCAUUUAUAGUCACACAGAUUCAAACCUCAUAAAGCUCUUUCCCUUUCUCAA